GCAGGCUGUCGGCGCAGGGGAUUGUGGGAGCUGUAGUCCGGAGCGGCCGCCCUUUUCGGGGAGCGACGAGGCAGAGCGCGGCGAGAGUGCACCGAUCAGGAGAGCAGAAAAUAUCUGCGCACAGGUUCAGAUCCUACACCAGCAGGAAAAGGACUGAACCAUGUCUGAAGUUGGUGACAUUAGAGACCAUGGGCACGAGUUUCCAGCCCACUAUAAAGUCAUGCUGGAUAAGCUGAAUGAGCAGAGACAGCUGGACCAGUUCACUGACAUCACGCUAAUCGUGGAUGGUCAUCAGUUCAGAGCCCAUAAAGCGGUGCUGGCUGCCUGUAGCCAAUUUUUCCACAAAUUCUUCCAGGACUUCACUCAGGAACCCCUUGUGGAGAUCGAGGGAGUGGGCAAUACUGCUUUCCGCCACCUGAUGGAGUUCACCUACACAGCCACGCUGGCAGUAAAUGGGGAGGAGGAGGUGAACGAUGUGUGGAGAGCAGCCGAGUAUCUGCAGAUGCAGGAGGCCAUUAAAGCCUUAAAUAACAGAAUGAAUGGCAUCACCGUACUGGGCAGUUCUUCAGUCCUGGUCGAGCGGAGUAAACCGAAGAAAAGGAAAAUUGCAGAAACGUCCAACGUCAUCACAGAGACGCUUCCCUUGGCGGAGACGGAGACAGUGGAGAUCGAGGUGGAGGUUGGAGAUGAGGCUAUUGAGGUUCAGGAGGCAGGGCUGGAGGAGGUGGUGGAUGCCGGACGAGUAAAUACAGACCCAACCGUUGAGUCCUCGGAUGACUCUGCCCUGGCUCUGCUGGCAGAUAUUACCAGCAAGUACCAGCAGGGGGAGCAGACGGUGCACGUGGUGAAAAAGGGCGAUGAGGAGACAGUGGUUCUGCAGGAAGAGGCGGUGAUGGCCACCAAAACCCUGGAGGGCAUGGAGGUGGUGGAGGUCCAGAUCUCCCAGCUAGACAACAUGUUCCGCUGUGACAAGUGUGACCGCUGCUUUAAGCUGUUCUACCACCUGAAGCAGCACAUGAAGACGCACACCGCGGGCGUGGAGAAACCCUUCAUCUGUAAACACUGCGGCCGGCCGUACGCUCGGGAAGGAGCACUCAAACAGCAUCUGAACACCUAUCACUUCGACGCUGAGGAGCAGUCCCACCGGCAGAAGAAAAAAGUGCACGUGUGUGCAUACUGUAACAAACAGUUUGACCACUUCGGACACUUUAAAGAGCAUUUAAGGAAACACACAGGUGAAAAACCAUUUGAAUGUCCAGACUGUCAUGAGCGCUUUGCCCGGAACAGCACACUAAAGUGCCACAUGUCCGCCUGCCAGAAUGGCUCAGGGGCCAAGAAAGGCAGAAAAAAGCUUUACGAGUGUCAGGUGUGUAGUGAAGUGUUUAACAGCUGGGAGCAGUUUAAGGACCACCUAGUGAUUCACACUGGUGAGAAGCCCAAUCACUGCACCUUCUGUGAUCAGUGGUUCAUGGCUCCACGGGAUCUGGGGGCUCACCUGAGGGACCACCAUGGCUUCCAGGAGGAAGUGGUGAUCGCUGACCCAGCCGCUGUUCUGACAGUGACCAGUAUGGAGGAGAGUGAGGAGCACGUGGUGCUGCAGGGCGGGAUGAGAGUGGAGCAUGUGACUGUGGAGCCGGUGGACGUGGUGGCCGUGGAGGAGGCUGUGGUCGUGGAGGAACACCCUGCGCUCCAGACCUCAGUGGCAGAGGCAGAGGAGACGGUGCUGAUAGAGGUGGAGGAGGAUGGACUGAAGGAACAGACAGUGGAGGUUCAUCUAGAGCAGGUGACGGAAUUAGCGCAGCAAGAGGUCCGAACAGAAGAGGAGAAGAUCCAGACGGGAGUUGUAUGAGAAACACAGUGACGUUGAACUAGUGUGGAAAAGGACUGGCGGACAGAUUAUCCCUUAUAUUUAUUUCUGACACAGGACGAACUGUUUUCCCUCUCUCGUCUGACUGUGAUGCUGCAACAUUGUUACAAUGGCUACUGGUCAUUUUUGUUUUUGCUUUGUUUUUCCUCCAAAUAAUAGCAAUGACAACCAUUUAGUUUACUUUUUUUUUUUUUUAAGCUUUUUUAGUCUUUCAAUUCUCAGAAAGUGUAAGAGAGGACAACUGAUUUCUGAUCUGUUGAAAUCUACAAAUGGUCUGGUUUAGAGUAGCUCUUAGUAGAAAAAGGUCUUAUUUUUGUAAAAUGAGUUUUGUAAAUAUGUGCAUCGAUUAUUUUAGUGUAUGACUGUCUGUAAAUGUUUAAAGAAACAGUUCUGCGAAAAAUCACAUUUACCAAGUUUCCCCUUACCCACAAUGUAAUCAAUCAGCCAAGACAUGUUUGGUCUCCAAAUUUUACUGUUUUGAUUUAACACAGGCAGGCUAAUGUAGCUUAUAGGGCUGUAAUCGGUACGUAUCUUGAAACAGGGGUUGCAAUAUAUAUUAAGAUCACUUAAGCUGCCUUCAGGUGUUCAUUAAGGUGGUCCAGAUUUAUAAAUAUCAGGUUCGCAAUUAAAAACAGCAAAAAUGCCACUAGCUCGCUGAAUGCUGGGGGAUUGUUUCUGUUUUAUAGUAUAUAUAGUGUCCUAAAGCCAUAUGCACAUUAGCCUAGUAGCUCCAGUUUAGAACUAUAUAACUGUCAACAGAUGGGUUAAGACGAAAACUUUCUAUUUCUUUUUUACUGAACUGUUUCUUUAAGUUAAGAUAUAUCUGUGGAAAAAUUGAGUGUGAGUGUGUAAGUGUGAGUGUGUGUGUGUGUGAGAGUGUGUAAGAAAGAGAAUGGAUUGUCUUUUGCUCCAGUGCCUAAUCUCCUGCAGCUGGACUUGGCCCGUCUCUCUCUGUCUCUCAGUGGACAUUCAGACAGCUCAGGAACCUGAAUGUCCACGUCCUCAUCAAUUUUUCAUGGUUUCAGAUUGUUAUUCAUUUGUACAGAGCAAUAAAAUGCUGAAUUAAAUCUUUAAGAGCAUGGCAUGCCCUUUAUAAA